ACGAAAUCGAAAGUAAAAAGUUACCGGGUGGCAUAGAAGAUCCUGAAGGAGAAUGGAGAGAGUUGUGUCAUUCUGUGGCUGGAAAGCUGUUAAAGAUCGCAGUAAAUCUCUGUCCGAGAACCAGGAACCUAAGUCAGGCCGUGUAUAUACAAUGUUCCACGGCACACAUUUGACAAACGCCAAAACCAUCAUUGAUAAAGGAUUUGAACGCUCCAAAGAUGGAUUGCUGGGCCCAGGGGUUUAUGUCAGUCGUAACAUUGAGAAAGCCAAAUGUUACCCACUUAAUGCUGACAAGAAGGACAAAGUCGUUUUCAAACUGAGGGUGCGUGCAGGGAAAGUGAAGAAAAUAGACUGUGACAAUCAUCCUCUCCAGAAAUCGUGGCACAUCAACGGGUACGACAGCGCGUGGGUUCCACCAAACAGCAACAUCUCCAGCAUCAAGUCUGGUCGCGAGGAGGACUGCGUGUGGGACCCCAAGCGCAUCAGCGUGGUGGACGUGGCGUGCUGUAUGGAUGGCACUAAACGCAGGGAGCUUCGACGUAUGAUUCGCAAAAAGACGAAACCCGAAGGCUGCGAUCUGUGCCAUCUCGCCACUUCCGAUGGCCAUGAUGUUCAGCCGUGCUGGGAGUGCCAGGAAGACAUCUGCCCUUUUCAGGGAAAACACAUUUGUAAAGGCAGAAGGUUUAGAGAAAGAGACACAAUGUAACUCUCACCCUGUAUCUUUCAGGUUAAGGUCCCCAGACCUCCGUGUUUCUGACAUCUGUGUUAAGGUGUAUAUUUUUGUAGCCUAGACUAAAUGCAACUUGUGCUACAUUAUGUAAUUAGGCUAAUGUUAUUAUGAUGAACUGAUCCGUUGAAUUGAUACCCAUUCAUUUUGAA